AUGGAGUGCUGCAACGGGUUCGUCGAUUCUGUGAAUCCCUUGGACCCAAAGGACCCAAAGUGGCAGAAAAGUGCCGAAUUUGGCCCAGACAAGGAGAUGCUGUGGCAAUCAAGACCUCUGCAUAAGGAUCAAUGGUUAAUGUCCAAUAACGCCAUCCGUGCCGAAAUCCAGGAAUUGCAUUCAGCCAUCAGCGCGGUGGUGGAACGAGGAGAGCUUUGUCUUUGGGAAUUGCAUCUCAUCAAGAGCGCCUGGAGGAUACACAAGGAGCACGUAGCUGGGAACAUACACCAGAAGAAAGAGCUGGUGAUUCCCUUUUUGGAUGAGCGAAUCAAGCUGGACUACAAUCUGAAGCAAGGUCGCAGCCAAGUUCUCCUUGCUCUGGAGCAGCUUUCGGAAGAAGUGACUGCAGUGGAUCCCUCCACGGAGCUCCAGGAUGUUCUCAUCCGCCUGGAGAAGUAUCAACAUGGACUUUUACAGCAGCUCAACAAAGAAGAGAGCUGCGAGCUUCAAUUGAUGCGCGCAUAUUUUUCUCCUGACGAAGCCAAACCUCUUGUCGACCAACUAAUCGAGUCCCAUCCAUCGCUGGGCAGCUUUAUCUUCUUUGCGGGCGACGAAACAUUCUCUGGGUUUAUGAAACAGGAAGACAUCUCCAGCUUUUCGUGGUACUUCAACUUCAAGAUCAAAUGCCAGGAAUUUGACGCAGGCUUCGUACGACCAUUAGAGGCGGUCCUCCAUGGAACUCCCCUACGGACCUGCUAUUUCUGCUGA